AUGGAUCAAUCAAUUUAUGAAGAAGCAUCGUACGACACUGCAUAUGAUGUGAGUGAUCAUUCUAAUUUCAUUGAUGUUAAUGUCCCGUCUCUGAGUGUAGAAGACAUACAACGUGUGGACAAGGAAAAAGAAUCUGUAGACGUUAUUCAAUUAGAGGAUGAUGCUACGUUGUCCGAUCACACUGGAAUUCCAAUAGAGAAAAUUCCGUACGUAGGAUUGAGAUUUGUUUUGUUGCAGCAGACACAAGAGUUCUAUUCUAAUUAUACAAAGAAAGUUUGGUUCGUGACUAGGAUUAGAAAUACCAACUUUGACAAGAACAAGAAGGAAUCAAGGAUACCCAUCAACCAAUUGAUACACUACAGUCGUGAAGGUUAUCAGGAGUCUCGAGUGAAGGCAGCAACUCGGGACAACGAUGAGGCUAGCAUACAGCCCAACAAGACUUAUCUCGCACUGGCGAACGAGAUUGGUGACUCGUCGAAGUUGGGUUACUCAGAAAAGGAUGUGACAAACUACAUUACGAGCAAUCUGCGUUGUGCUGACGAAAACGCAGAUGUGAAUGAAAUGAUUAGCUAUUCCAUGCAAAUGAAAGAUAUCAAUCCGAAUUUCUUUUAUGCAGUUGAUGUGGACAAAGCUAACAAGUUUAAGAGUGCGCUCUGGAUAGAUGCAAGAUGCAAGGCGUUCUAUGAAUAUUAUGGAGAUGUGGUAUCGUUUGAUACAACAUACAGAAGAAACAAGCACGGACUUCUGUUUUCAUCUUUUGUUGGUGUCAACCAUCAUGGCAAGUCCACUCUGCUCGGAUGUGCUUUGCUGGAAAACGAGGAAAUUCAUAGCUUUGAGUGGAUUUUUAAGCAAUGGUUGAAGUGCAUGGGAACUCCCCCAAAGGCCAUCAUCAUGGACCAGUGCAAAUCCAUGUUUGGUGCUAUUAGAAAUGUCCUUCUAGAUACUUGCCACCGAUGGUGCAUAUGGCUCAUAAUGAAGAAGAUACUGCAUAAGCUUGGAGGAUAUGCUCGAUACAGAGAAAUAGAUAUUAGAAUGCAUGGCACAGUUUGGAAUGCCCGGUCUGUGAAAUCUUUCGAGAAGGAUUGGUGUGCAUUCAUUGUUGAGUUUAACUUAGAGCAAAAUAGAUGGCUAUCAGGUGAAUUUUGGGCUGGUAAUAGAAGUACCCAACGGAGUGAAAGUAUGCACGCCUUUUUCGGUGGUUACUUGCAUUACAAGAGUGGACUGGUUCAGUUCAUGCAUGAGUAUGACAACAUGCUUGGGAACAAGGAGCCGAAGGAGUCGAAGGAUGAUGCUGUAGACUCUAAAGGAGUUGUCCCCUGUUCAUCGAGCUCUACAAUUGAAAGACAAUUUCAGCGUGAGUACACAACCUUUAAGUUUAGGGAAGUACAACAGGAAUUCAAGAAAAAAGGAGAUUGUUUAGUCUGUGGUGUGACUCAAGAUGGCGAUUUAUUUUGUGUGACCGUGAAUGAGAAAUACCUACUAUAUGGGGAGCCUAGGUCCUGGACGAACAGUGUCAAGUUUGACCCAGCGACACACAAGAUUCGGUGCGAGUACAACAUGUUUGAAUCAAGAUGUAUUCUUUUUUGUGAUUGUCUUGCUGUGUUCUUUUAUUACGGAGUAGACAGAGUACCAUCUUGCUAUGUGCUCCUUCGAUGGAGCAAGAAUGUACAACACAAACACACUUUCAUCAAGAGCAGCCAUGACGAAAAGCAAUCCGAUGAAAGCCACAACUUAUUUAGAGGACUGUGUUCACACUUCUUUAAUGUUGCCCAGGAUUUCGUGACAUGUGAAAAAGAAGCGGUCAUGUUAUAUUCGAGUCUUGAUGAGUUAAGGGCCAAGCUGUUUGAUUAUCGCUCGAACUUAGGACCUAGAAGUGUUCCAACUACACAGAACAGCAUGGUGAUACAGUGUGACCCCGCUCUUGGUUCAUCUGACAUUUGA